CAGUCUAGUGUUUUGUUAAGGUGAGAAAACGAAAGUCACAAACUCUUAUUGUAUUGUAUUGUAAAUUAACAUGGAGUCGCCGUUGAGAUUUUUUCUGCUUCUUUUUUUUGCUGCACUUUCCUCAACUUUUGGACUACCAGCUACUAAUACCUCUUUGCCAGUGGUGAUAUGGCACGGAAUGGGUGACUCAUGCUGCAACCCAUUAAGUAUGGGCAGCAUUAAGCGUAUGGUUGAAGCCAAAAUACCCGGGAUAUAUGUGAGGUCAUUGAUGAUAGGUGACAAUAUAAUUGAGGAUACUGAGAAUGGAUUUCUUCUUAAUGCAAACACCCAAGUUGAGCAAGUGUGUCAUAAGUUGGCUUCUGAUCCCAAACUAAAAAAUGGUUACAAUUCAAUGGGAUUUUCACAAGGUGGACAGUUUCUACGAGCCGUUGCUCAGAGAUGUCCGAGUCCUCCUAUGGUUAACCUAAUCUCGUUUGGUGGCCAACAUCAAGGAGUCUACGGGAUUCCACGAUGUCCUGGCGAAAACUCAACGCUCUGCGAUUACAUGCGCAAAUUGUUGAAUCUGGGUGCAUACAUCAGUUGGAUACAAAAUCAUUUAGUGCAGGCGGAGUACUGGCACGAUCCUUUAGCAGAAGCGGAGUACCGCGAAAAAAGUAUUUUCCUUGCCGACAUCAAUCAAGAAAAGACUGUCAACCAAACCUACAAAGAAAACUUAAUGAAACUCAAGAAUUUUGUGUUAGUUAAGUUUGGUCAAGAUACGAUGGUUGAUCCGAAAGAGUCCGAGUGGUUUGGAUUUUACACGCCCGGUCAAGGGGAACAUACACAGACGUUGCAAGAAAGCACACUUUAUACCGAGGACCGCCUUGGCUUGCAAGAGAUGGAUAAGGCUGGCAAGCUUCAUUUCCUCAUCGCUGAUGGAAAUCAUCUGCAGUUUACACAAGAAUUUUUUAACGAAAAAAUUUUGCCAUUUUUAAAAUAACUAUGCAAAUGCGUGAAAUUUUCAGUCGCUAAAUUUAAAAAGGAUGCUUUCCAUUAAUUUUAGACAUUAAUUUCCUAUUAUCAAUUUAAAUUUUUUUAUAUUUUUUCAAUUUUAAUUAUGAUAUUUUCUUUCACAUGCGUUUUCCCCCGUAUUUGACGCAUUGAACUUCGCCCGUUAUUAAAAAAACUAUUACGCAACUUUUAUAGUAAAAUAAUGUUUUGUUCAAUAUAUUAUUCUUGCUAA